AUGUCCAAGACACUUUCAAGAACGCCACCGCCAAUUGACCACAUAGACUACCGAUACCCAUUGUAUAUCGGUGAAUGGACCAAGUCGCUUCCGACCGUCGAAAGUCAGUUUGCUACAGACAACCUCGACGAACCCCACCUCAAACGUCGGUUAACGAUACUCAAACACUAUCCCGAAAUCGAAAAACUUUACGGAUAUGAUUCGUGCACGGUAUUGAUUGCACUCUUUGCCGUAUUUGUUCAACUGUGUGCAGCUUUUGUGUUUGGCCGCGUUCUCGUCGAUUGGCAUUGGACAAUGUGCGUAUGUGCUUAUGUGGUUGGAGGUUCGGCGUCGCAGUUACUCGGAAACAUAAUCCACGAGGCAGCUCAUGGACUGACCGCCAGAACCAUGUUUCAGAAUCGGAUUGUUGGGUUGAUAGCUAAUAUUGGUAUACCAGUUCCUCUUGCAAUGUCGUUUCGUCGAUAUCAUCUUGAGCAUCAUGUGAAUCUGGGUAUAGUGGGAAUAGAUCCAGAUCUGCCAAUGAAGUGGGAGGCCGAGUUCAUUGGCGGUAAUGCGAUAAUGAAGUUUUUAUGGUUGAAUAUAUAUCCCAUAUUGUAUGUUGCACGUGGUAUCGCUAUACAAAAGUAUCCACCACAAAUGUGGGAGUAUUUGAACGUAGUGUUUACUAGUGUGGUCGAUUUGUCGAUAUAUGUCGCAUUUGGAAUGCGAGGAUUUGGCUAUUUGUGUUUAUCUGCAUGGUUUGGAUAUGGGUUACAUCCGGCUGCUGCACGUUUGAUACAAGAACAUUAUACCUUUGAUGAUGGGCAAGAGACGUAUUCGUAUUACGGAAUUCUUAAUUACUUCUUUAUGAAUAGCGGAUAUCAUAAUGAACACCAUGACUUUACAAAGAUCCCGUGGUCACGCCUUCCGGAAGUGCGCAAAAUAGCAAACGAAUAUUAUGAAAAUCUCGCCUAUCAUACUUCAUGGUUCAUGGUGCAUUGGAACUUUAUCACGCAAACAGAAAUUGGACCGCAAAGCCGCGUUAAAAGAACAACCAUCAGUCAAAAACGGGGACGAAAACUCUUGGGCUUGUUGAAGGAGGCAUUAAAUAAAGAGCUAAAAAAGGAAUGA